AUGCUCACCCUUCCCAUCCUCUCCCUCCUCGUGGCAGCCGCGACCGCUUCUCCAGUGGGAGAAGCCCGCCUCCCAGUCACCAAGCGCCUCAUCAACCCCAACACCGUCAACGCCCUCACGGCCGAACAACUUACCACGCAGCGCAACGCGCUCCUCCUGGCCCAAUCCGAAACCGCCCGCGAAGCCAUUCUCUUCCCCAAUGCCCCCAACGCCGCAAACGACACCUUCCAGUUCAUCAACAACACUGUGACCCCCCCAACCGGCGGCUCCAUCUUCCUCUCCACGGUAAACAACUUCCCCGCCCUCGCCUCCACCGGCCUCGCCGCCGCCGUCGGUUUCGUCAAUCCCUGCGGCCUCAACACCCCGCACUGGCACCCUCGCUCCAACGAAUUCCUCACCGUCGUCCAAGGCAAGCUCCUCGGCGCCAUCCUCCUCGAAAACGACUCAGGCUUCGGCCACGUCGUCGGCGGCGCACCCCCCGUCAUCGGCCCAUACACGCAAAUCGAAACCACCCUCUCCAACUACACCGGCAUGCUCUUCCCCAAAGGCCUCGUCCACUGGCAAUUCAACCCAGAAUGCGAACCCGCCGUCUUCGUCGCCGGCUUCGACAACGCCGACCCGGGCCGCGUCGAGGCCGCCCGGGGCUUCUUUUCCGCAACCCCAGAUGAGGUCCUCGACGCCAGUGCCGGUUACUCGGAGUUCUUGACCCCCCAGCAGAUUGCGGCGCUCAGGCCCACGCUUACCAGCGACUUUACAGAGAUUGUAGAGAGCUGUGCUAAGAGGUGUGGGAUUCCGUACAAGGCGGAGCCUGCUGGGCCAGAGGCUAGUCACGAGGUGCAUCCUGAGGGUACGCAGUCGGCGUAUCCCGCGGCUUCUAGUGCGUACUAG